GCUUUUUUAACGCAUGCGCACAAAAAAAUUUAUAUCAAUUUAUAUCCGAUUUUUGGCUAUUCUCAUAUUGUGCUACUGUGUAUCAUUAUUCAUUAUAUAUUCAGACGAGCGAUAAAACGUUUUUCGUCGGUGUGAGACUUUACAUUUCUCGCGUUCUUGUGUGUUUUUGAAUUUGAAGUGCAUAGGAUUCAUAGGAAUGACCCGGAGGUGUUUUUCGUGUUUUUGACAUCCUAAUAAUUUUUUAUUCUAUAUAAUACAUAUCUAUAUUUACUAUCUAUAUAUCGAACUGUUGACAUGUCGACACUUCAUGUGAAAACUAAAGAGAAGACGGAAGAGAAGCAGCAUACAAGCGACACAGAAAAGUGCAGUCCCACUUUGCCAAAGAGGGAAAUCAUGUCAGAAACAGACAAAAAUAUAGAUUUAAAGAGCUCUCAGAGUAAGAAGCGCAAAUUAUCAUCCGAUUGUGAACAUCCAUCCAAAGUGGUCAAGCAUGAUAUUGACGAAGAUACUGUAUCUGCUAGUGUGAGUACUCCCUCAGAUUUGACAAUAUCUGGAGGUAAUGAAAAAAGUGAUAACUCUAAUAUAAGCAGAAUUGUUGACAAUACAGCUUUUGUAGCUGAACAUUAUAAUAUGCUAGAGGAAAAAGGACUCUCAUAUAGAAAUCAAAGUCGCAUUAUAUACAUGAGAAAUUUUAACAACUGGAUUAAAAGCAUGCUUAUACAUGAAUAUGUUGUUAAGUUGAAGCAAGGUAAGAAUUUCGGUGCUUCGCUAAGAGUGUUGGAUAUGUGCUGCGGGAAGGGGGGAGAUCUUCUCAAGUGGAAAAAGGCUAAUAUUUCACAUCUGAUUUGUGCGGAUAUAGCACAAGUGUCAUUGGAACAGUGUCAGCAACGGUACAAUGACAUGAUGAACAGGAAAGGUUCUAAAGAUAGAGGUUUUGCUCCCAUUUUUACUGCAGAGUUUAUAACAGCUGAUUGUACAAAGGUUCGUUUGAGAGAGAAGUAUAUGGAUCCCAGUAUGCAGUUAGAUUUUGUCAGUUGCCAAUUUGCAUUUCACUACAGCUUUGAAUCCCUACCGCAAGCGGAAUGCAUGCUUCGGAACGCUGGCGAGAGUCUCAAGCCUGGUGGCUAUUUUAUCGGAACCAUUCCAGACGCGUACGAUCUAGUUUCUAGAUGGCAAAAAUGCGAUAGUAAUAAAUUCGGCAAUGAUGUAUAUAGCAUCGAAUUUAUAUGCGAGGACAAGAUGAAACCACCACUCUUUGGCGCCAAAUAUAAUUUUCACUUGGACGGCGUGGUUGAUUGUCCAGAGUUCUUAGUGCACCUGCCAACUCUGUGCAAAUUGGCUUUAAAGCAUGGUCUCGAGUUAAUAACGUUUGAAAGAUUUGAUGAGUAUUAUGAACGUUUUAAAGAAGAAGGUAGAUCUCUUCUAGGGAACAUGCAAGCACUGGAAACUUAUCCGCCAUAUCACGAAGCACCUUUGCUCGGCGAUCCAGAGCAAGACUAUCAACAUGCUGUUCGAUAUAUGCAGAACCUGCCCGCCAAUCAUCGCAAGAUCGGCACUCUCUCGCAGUCGGAAUGGGAAGUUACUUCAUUAUAUGCAAUCUUUGCGUUUCGAAAAAUGAAGACCAUCUGGAACAGUGAGGGAAAACCAGAGUAUGUGAAGUUGUAAAGCAUAGAAGUUUAGAAAAAUAGGUAAAUUGCAGCGAAAGAAUAAUUUUAUCGACUACUGAUUUUACAUUACACAAAAAACUUUGUUACUAUAGAUGGCUUAUUAUAGUACGAUAUCAUCCGUGUGAUACUUGUAAAACUGUAGUUGUGUUUUAUAGAGACUGACAAUCAUGUAAAAAUCUCAUCAAGAAACAUUAGAAAACAUUAGAAAUUUAAAUUAUUGAAAUAAAGACAAUUUUUUUGUCACUUA